AUGGGGCAAUGCCAAGGCCAAGGCAUGCCAAAGCCACGACAUGCCAACACAAGGCAAGGCAUGCCAAGGCCAAGGCACGCCAAGGCCAAGGCACGACAUGCCAACGCAAGGCAAAGCAAGGCAAAGCCAAUGCAAGCCAAGGCAAGCCAAAGCCAUGGAAAGGCAAGGCAAGGCAAGCCAAAGCCAUGGAAAGGCAAGGCAAGGCAAGCCAAAGCCAUGGAAAGGCAAGGCAAGGCAAGCCAAAGCCAUGGAAAGGCAACGCAAGGCAAGCCAAAGCCAUGGAAAGGCAACGCAAGGCAAGGCAAGGCAAGGCAUGCCGAGGCCAAGGCACGACAUACCAACGCAAGAAAAGGCAAGGCAAGGCAAGGCUUCACCAAAGCCACGGCAAGGCAACGCAAGCACGUAAAACGACAAAGUGUCGGAUGGGUAGCCUCGCCAAGUUUUGGGGGAAAGUUGAAUGGAAAAAGGAGGGGGAGGGACGAAUCGAAGCGACGCAGGGCUGAAUCUCAGUGGAUCGUGGCAGCAAGGCCACUCUGCCACUUACAAUACCCCGUCGCGUAUUUAAGUCGUCUGCAAAGGAUUCUACCCGCCGCUCGGUAG